UAUUAUUAUAUUUCAUUCCUUUUUUUACCGCCAUACAGAGCAAUUUUAUUAUUCUUGGACCUAUCAUUAUUCUUUCUUACAGUUAGCGCCACGCAAGGACAUCGGCACCAUUCUUUCCUCCUCCUCCUUUCCUACAUGGCGGCAAUCAAAUACGUAAACAAACAUGCUCGGCACGGCGCGGUUCUAGUAGUGGCAAAAUAGCUUCCGGUGUUUACUUUUCACUUCGAGCCAUUUGAAAUGAGGUACUCCGUCAGUUAAGGGGCUAUUGGGAUCUUCGUUAUUUUGAAAACACAAUUUGUUCCGUGCUCUCUUAGUGCACAAGCAUUGUGCAGGACAACGAAACAAUUUUGAGAAGAAUCGACAACAGAGAGAGGGCGCAGACAAGCUGGAGAAGAACCCAGAACAGCACCUGGAGGAGCAAGACACAGGCCACAUGCUCGAGUGAGAAAAACGGGACUAAUCUACGGAAAAUAGAAAAAGAAGUCCUCGCAAUAUUUCGUCGGGAACUUCUCACCGGCACCUCUUCUGUCUGAACGUAGCUGACCCUCUGACAAACGGACCCAAUUUUCCCUUUCCAAUUUACGUGGGAUGAGGACAGCACUCCGCGUUAAAGAAGAGGCGAGAGAUUCUUGUGACUUCGAGUCAUCACAUGCCAGGCCCUUUGGAAUCACAACUCCAAGAAAAUGCAGUUCUCUCUGGAGUUCCGCAAUCAGCCCGUGAGAGUGAAAUCGGAACCACCUGAUGUUGCAUGCCUGCCACAACAGGGCCAGGUACAUCAACAGCACUGCAGCGAACAUCCUUCAGGAGGUGAUGCUUAUGGAGUGACAGCUGGGACGUGUCCUAUUAAGGAAGAACCUCGAGAGGAAUCUUCAAAUGAAGAUCCAAUCAUAGAAGUGAAAACAGAGGCUUACAAUGUUCCAGUCUUGGCAGAAGAGGAACAGAUGGGCUGUGACCCAACAUCAGAAGGAGCAACAGUUGGUAUGUGUGACAUUAAAGAAGAACCUCGAGAGGAAUCUUCACAGGAAGAUCCAAACAUAGAAGUGAAAACAGAGGCUUACAAUGUUGUGCCUUUGGGAGGACAGGAACCAAUGAGACAUAGAUGCGACACAACAUCAGAAGCAGCAACACUUGGGAUGUGUCACAUUAAAGAGGAACAUCAAGAGAACUCUUCGAAUGAACAUCAAAUUGUACAAGUGAAGACAGAGCCUUACAAUGUUGCACUCUUGGCAGAGAAGGACCAGAUGGGACACAGCUGUCUGUCAGCAUCAGAGGGAGCAAGAGGAAGCACUGGUUUGCUCCACAUUAACGACCAGCCCAGAGGCACUUGUGAUCAAGCAUCUUCUGGUUGCACUUCUUCAGAGGCACAGUUCAAUAUCAGCACAAUAACCGUUGAAGCGCAGUUCGACAACACUUCACCAGUCACUAUGGACAGUCCUCCCAUGGAGCAACCUCGAGACCAGAGCAAGCCAUGUGCACUUGCGUGCACGUCGAAAGACAGCCAGAGACGUCACAUGCUUGCACAGUGUCACAAUAAGUCUGAAAAGUGUCCAGCUACUCCAUCGAGGGAUCAGAUGGGAGAGGAGGGUUUUAGGUACGACAUCUGUCCCUCUGUAUUCUUGCCGUCUGGCAGUGACACGAGUCACGUGUCAAAGCGUACUGACGAGGAGUCAUGCAAGUCCGACCACUGUCCUGCACAGUUCCACCAGAGGAGGAGUCUGCGGUGUCACAUGCAAACGCACAUGAACCAGCAGUUGUACAAGAAUGAUACCUGCCCUGCGAAGUUCAGCCGUAUUGUGCACCGGCGGCUUCGCAAGCGAGCACACACUCGAGAAAAACUAUACAAGUGUGAUGCCUGCCCGGCAGAGUUCAGCCGGACCUGGCACCUACAGCGUCACAAGCGGACACACAGGGGUGAGAAACCGAAUAAGUGCGAUCUCUGUCCCGCUGAGUUCAGCCAGAGCAAGAGCCUGUUGGAUCACAAACUGACGCACAUGGGCGAGAAAACACAGAAGUCCAAUGUUUGCCCUGCGGAGUUCGGUCGGAGAAGGAGCUUUCAGAAGCACAAGUGGACACACACGAGCAAGAAGCCAUAUAAGUGCGAUGCCUGCCCAGCGAAGUUCAGCCAUAACGAACAUCUCCAGCGUCACAAGCGGACACACACCGGCGAGAAACCAUACAAGUGCGAUGCCUGCCCAGCAGCGUUCAGUGAGAGAGGGAACCUACAGCAGCACAAGCGGACCCACACGGGCGAGAAGCCAUACAAGUGCGAUGUCUGCCAAGCGAAGUUCAGCCAGAGCGGGCACCUACAGCGUCACAAGCAGACACACAAAGGCGAGAAACCAUAUAAGUGCGAUCUCUGUCCUGCUGGGUUCAGCAAGAGCAAGAGCCUGUCAGAUCACAAACUGACGCACACGGGCGAGAAGCCAUACAAGUGCGAUGCCUGCCCAGCGAAGUUCAGCCGUAACGAACACCUCCAGCGUCACAAGCAGACACACACCGGCGAGAAACCAUACAAGUGUGAUGCCUGCCAAGCGGAGUUCAGUGAGAGAGUGAACCUACAGCACCACAAGCAGACACACACGGGCGAGAAGCCAUACAAGUGCGAUGUCUGCCCAGCGAAGUUCAGCCAGAGCGGGCACCUACAGCGUCACAAGCGGACACACAGGAGCGAGAAGCCGUACAAGUGCGAUCUCUGUCCUGCUGGGUUCAGCCAGAGCAAGAGCCUGUCGUAUCACAAACUGACGCACACAGGCAAGAAAACAUACAAGUGCAGUGUUUGUUCUGCAGAGUUCGGUCAUAGAGGGAACUUACAGCAGCACAAACUGACACACACGGGCGAGAAGCCAUACAAGUGCGAUGUCUGCCCAGCGAAGUUCAGCCAGAGCGGGCACCUACAGCGUCACAAGCAGACACACAGGAGCGAGAAGCCGUACAAGUGCGAUCUCUGUCCUGCUGGGUUCAGCCAGAGCAAGAGCCUGUCGUAUCACAAACUGACGCACACAGGCAAGAAAACAUCCAAGUGCAGUGUUUCUUCUGCGGAGUUCGGUCAGAGAGGGAACUUACAGCAGCACAAGCUGACACACACGGGCGAGAAGCCAUACAAGUGCGAUGCCUGCCCAGCGAAGUUCAGCCAUAACGAGCAUCUCCAGCGUCACAAGCGGACACACACCGGCGAGAAACCAUACAAGUGCGAUGCCUGCCCAGCGGCGUUCAGUGAGAGAGGGAACCUGCAGCAGCACAAGCGGACACACACGGGCGAGAAGCCAUACAAGUGUGAUGUCUGCCCAGCGAAAUUCAGCCAGAGCGGGCACCUCCAGCGUCACAAGCGGACACACAGGGGCGAGAAAUCGUACAAGUGCGAUCUCUGUCCUGCUGGGUUCAGCCAGAGCAAGAGCCUGUCGUAUCACAAACUGACACACACAGGCAAGAAAACAUCCAAGUGCAAUCUUUGCCCUGCAGAAUUCGGGCAGAGAGGGAACUUACAGCAGCACAAGCUGACACACACCGGCGAGAAACCAUACAAGUGCGAUGCCUGCCCAGCAAAGUUCAGCCAGAGCGGGCACCUACAGCGUCACAAGCGGACACACAGGGGCGAGAAACCGUGCAAGUGCGAUCUCUGUCCUGCUGAGUUCAACCAGAGCAAGAGCCUGUCGGAUCACAAACUGACGCACACGGGCGAGAAAACAUACAAGUGCAAUCUUUGCCCUGCGGAAUUCGGGCAGAGAGGGAACUUACAGCAGCACAAGCGGACACAUACGGGCGAGAAGACAUACCAGUGCGAUGCAUGCCCGGCGGAGUUCAGCCAGAACGGACAGCUCCAGCGUCACAAGCGAACACACACCGGCGAGAAACCAUACAGGUGUGGUGCUUGCCCAGCGGAGUACAGUGAGAGAAGGAGCCUGCAGCAGCACAAGCGGACACACAUGGGUGUGAAGCCAUACAAGUGCGAUGCCCGCCGUGCUGACCUCUGCCUGAGGAGGAACCUACGGCAGCGUAAGCGGACACACACGGGCGAGAUGCUAUACAUGUGUGAUGUCUGCCCUGGUAAUUUCAGCCUGAGCAGGAACCUACGGCAGCACAAGCAGGCAAACACGGGCGAGAAGCCAUAAAAGUACGAUGUCUGUCCUGCGUAGUUCAGUCAGAGCAGACACCUACAGAGUCACAAGACAGACAGACUCGAAGCCAUACAGGAGCAUUCCCUGUUCUGCAAACUUGAGGUAGUGCCAAACCUGCAGCGUUACAACUGCAUGCAGGUACAUGGGUGUGAUGCCCUACAAAUGCUACUUCUGUUAUGCAGGGAUCAGUCACAGGACCAGCAGGCACCAGUCAGCGAACCAAAUAGCUGCUGGCUGAGCACGAGCUAGUUCAGCCAGAGCAGGAACCUGUGGCUUCACAUGUCUCCACAAGGCACUUGAGAUUUGAAACUGUGCAAGUACAGAUGCCAUGUACACGUGAAAGAAUCCGUCCAAUUAAGUGUCACUUCUGUGCUGUUGUAUGUCCUUCAUGAACACAUGAUGAUGCGCAGGGAGAAAAGGCUAUGCAGAAGCUGUCUAUAUCGUAUCCCAUUUUAUUUCUGCUUUUUUUCUGGUGGAAUGUUUCAAAACUUGCUCGCAUGAACAAACUGAGGUUCAAAAAUAGUUGGAUUGGAGCUGGAUUUGGUGGUGAUGCAUUGAAGUGUCACGAAACCCAGUGCCUGGGAGACAAACAGACAUGAAAAAGACAUCCUCUCACAGGCUCUGAACUGCAGAGGACGGUUCAUUUCCAUGAGCAACAUGCUCUUACAUUGCUCCCUUCCCUCUUUUUCUUCCUCUCAUGAUGAAUGGGUAUCUUCUUUAUCGUUGACUACUGAAGCGCGGAAGGAACAUGGACACGAGAGGUAAGGGAAACACAAGCGCUUGUGCUUGUCUUACAUCUCUUGUUCAUACUCCUUUGGCACUUCGUUAAUCAAACCAGGGAUAGUCAUCAAACUAGCCCAGCUAUCUACCAUUGUGCUUCUCUUGAGGCUUCCAUUGUUUUAUGCCGUACGUCUCGUCUGUUUGUGAAGUGAACAAAGAAAUCGACGUAAAGAAAUAAAAAAAAAGAUUUCCAAC